AUGCGUGAGAAGGGAGGAGACAACCACUCAGAUGUAACUGACUUCAUUCUGGUAGGCUUCAGGGGCCACCCAGAGGCCCACAUUUUCUUCUUCCUCCUAUUCCUGGUCAUCUACAGCAUGGCCCUUCUGGGGAACGUUAGCUUGAUGGUGAUCAUUGUGAUGGACUCACAGCUGAACACACCGAUGUAUUUCUUUCUAGGCAAUCUCUCCUUCAUUGACCUCUUCUACUCCACCGUCAUUGCACCUAAAGCCAUGGUCAUCUUCCUGUCUGAGAAAAAGGCUAUCACCUUUGCAGGCUGCGUGGCCCAGUGCUUCCUUUUUGCCCUCUUCAUUGUAACCGAGGGGUUCGUUCUGGCAGCCAUGGCCUAUGACCGCUUCAUGGCCAUUUGCAGCCCUCUCCUUUAUAGCGUCCACAUGUCCAGACGCCUUUGCACUCAUCUAGUUAUUGGCUCCUACUUCUGUGGCGGGGUCAGUUCUGCCCUCCAAAUCAGCAUGACAUUCUCAGUGUCUUUCUGUGCAUCCCGGGUCAUUGACCACUUCUAUUGUGAUUCUUACCAAAUUGAGAAGAUCUCCUGUUCCGACCUCUCUGUCAACAAGAUAGUGUCUCUGACUUUGGCUGCCAUUAUUAUUUUGCCCACCGUCGUUGUUAUUAUAGUCUCUUACAUCUAUAUUGUGUCCACAGUCUUGAGGAUGCCUUCCAGUGAGGGGAGGAAGAAAGCCUUCUCCACCUGCGGCUCUCACCUGGGGGUUGUGAGUGUGCUCUACGGGACAGUCUCCUUUGUGUAUCUCACACCUCCAAGCAACCCCGAGCUUCGUAAAGUGGCUUCAGUAUUUUACAUAUUGGUCACACCCAUGCUAAACCCUCUUAUUUAUUCUCUAAGAAACAAGGAUGUCAAACAAGCUUUGAGAAGAAUUCUAUGGAAAAAAAGAACUUUAUCCUAA